CUAGCGCAGGGUUAUCCUGAAGAACCUAAGAUGCGCGCGGUGCGUAGGAUCUGACGUGGCAACUUCCACAGAUCUCAUUGCCACCACCACUACAGAAGGUCCGGACAACAACCCCACCACACACCAAACUCAAGUGACCACAAGUCCCCGAACUCGUUCGAGUCGCUCAAUACGAGAUUCGACCUAUCUGAGUUUACAAGAAAAAGAUUUAGCUAGGUGGAGGAGGAGAAGGGAGGGGAAACCUAGCAAUGAUGGCUGGUGGUAGUGUGUAUUGGGGGAGGAAGAUGGAGGAGGAAGAGGAGAAGGAGAAGGGGAAGUUGAAGGGGAUUGUGGUGAUGUUCGUGUGGAGUUCGAUUCAGGACGAAAACUUGAGAGAUUUUGUCGAUUUGUAUUCAUCUCUCGGCUGGAAUUCGCUCGUUUCUCAUGCCGAUUUCCUCAACGCAUUUUAUCCUGAGCAGGCUACAUCGCUGGCAUUUGUUCUUCUCAAUGUUCUUGUUGAGGAGCUAAAAAUCAGGCCAUGUCCUUUAGUUUUUGUAGCUUUCUCUGGUGGUCCAAAAGCCUGCAUGUACAAGGUUUUUCAGAUUAUUCAGGGUACGUGUGAAGUCCCGCUGAAUCUAGAUGGAAUUCGAUUGAUCAGAAAUUGUGUUUCUGGGCAUAUCUAUGAUUCUGGCCCACUAGAUUUUACAAGGGAUUUGAAUGCCAAAUUUGUACUACAUCCCAGGAUUCGGAAAAUGCCUGGGCCAUCAAAACUAGUUUCUUGGGUAGCUAAAGGCAUUGCUUCUGGUCUGGAUGGUCUAUGUCUUACGAGGUUUGAAUCUCAGCGCGAAGAGUAUUGGCAGACACUUUAUUCAUCCGUUGACUUUGGGGCUCCAUUUCUUAUUCUAUGCUCGGAGAAUGAUGACCUUGCCCCUUAUCAAGUUAUAUGCAGGUUCGCUCGAUGUUUACAGGAUAUUGGCGCAGAUGUGAAAGUUGUGAAGUGGAACGGGUCUCCUCACUUAGGACAUUACAAAUAUUAUUCAAUCGAAUAUAGGACUGCUGUAACCAAUUUGCUUGUAAAGGCAGCUUCCGCUUUCUCCCACAAUAUCCGAUUACUUGGAGAAAGAGCUGCUAUGCAUGACGAGAUCUCUGAAUUAAUCUGCGACCUCCAGAAAGCAGCAGUCAACUCGAAUCAAAGCCUAAGAAGAGUUGCUCUCGGGCCUGGUGAUCACUUUUUCUUGCCAAGUUCAGUAGAGCAUCGUACCGACAAGGAAUCUACAUCUUUACAAGAUGAACACAAAGAAAGAUCAAUCUAUCUGCCUCAACCCCCCUGUAGCAUCAAUGCACACAGUGUUCUCGGCAAAAUCCUAUUUGAUGCCUGUGUUCCCAAGAAUGUUGAAGGUUGGGAUAUUAGGUUUCCUGGUUCUCUGAAUGGGCAACGAUUUACUUCUGCUCGUAGGCCUUCACCUUUCCGUGCCAUAAAACUUAAGCGUUCAAGAUUAUAAUAUUAUUGACCUGGACUAUGGGAAACUCUCCAAUCAGCUUUGCAGUGGCUGUUCAUAAUUUUGUCAGAUAUUGUAAACGAACUUACUCCUACAAGAUGGAAAGGAUGGAGGACUCGUUGCUGGAAAAACCGGUAGGGUACCUCAGGUAUUUCCAACAUUUUGGAGGGAAACUAGGUAGCUCGUAUCGGUUGGGCUAACAAAGGGUUUUCAGUGUAUAUAAUGUGUAUAACCUAAGACUAACUUUGGAAUGCCUGAUGAGCGAAUUCAGAAGUGGAUAGUCUUGUUACAUUAGUAUUUAGCACGAGAGACGAGGCUUCUAUCAGAAACAAUUUGCCGAUUGGUUAAGAGCUGGGGAACAAAAUAUGUAAAUAAUAAUGCCUGUGCAAUUUUCAUUUUUUAAUUUUGAAAAUCCUUUUGUACACGCUUUCAGUGUUUGAUAAAGAAACUGAGCUCGAGCUUCUGUCUUUCCGAUAA